UUUAAAGUAAGCGGAAAAAGAAAGUCGACCGACGACGUCGCCUUGAAGUCAGUUAGAGAAGAGAAGAGUGGUUAAUAAUAUAUUUAAAGGGAAGCACGAGUUUUGACGUUACUCUCUCUAACUCCUAGAUCCAAGAAGGCAAGAACUCUCACACUUCUUUGAUCUUUUGAUCAAACUUUUCCAGGGUUAGGUUUGGAAGUAGAGAAAGAAAGAAGAAUGGGGAGAUCAUCGCCAAGAAGAGGGCAGAGAUCGAAGGGAUUCAAGGUCAAACACUGUCUUCAGUUCACUCUCUUGCUCGCUGUUGGCAUAUGGCUGCUUUAUCAGCUCAAGCAUUCUCAUGAUGAUGACAAGAAGGCUGUGUUUGAUGAGACUGCUGCAAAGACUGUUGCUGCUGGGGAUCAAGUGGUGAAGUUUGGAAGGAAAGAUCUUAACCCUCGAGUUGAGGGGACUAAGAAGAAUGAUGAAGAGAUUUUAGAGAGGGAGGAGGAGAGAGGCGAGGAGAAUGUGGUAGAAGGGAGUGAUGACAAGGAAACUCAAGGUACAGGGAAUGAAGAAAGCGAUGGUGAGAGUGAGGAGGGUGGAGGCGAGACGAGUAACGAAGAAGCUAGAGAGAAGAAUUACAAGGGUGAUGAUGCUUCCAGUGAGAUGGAGGAGAAGGGUGGAAAAGUGGGAGUGGAGGAAGAGAGUAAGUCUAACAACACUACUGAGACUGUCAGUUUCCAUGAAGACGAGUCUGGUCCAAAGACUGAACAGCUAGUUAAAGAUACUGUCAUUAAGAAUGUUUUUUCCAACACAACCGAGGAGACUGGUGGUGAUGAUGAUAAGCAACAAGAGACCAAGAAUGAGUCGGAGGAGAACACUACUAGUUUAUCAGGAGGUAACAACGAGUCUGAUGAAACAAUAACUAAGAAUGUGGUGUUGGAGAAGGGUUUCUCUGAUUCUAAUGGUGAAUUGCCUGAGAGUAACCAGACAACUUCUAAUGCAACUGAAAAGACCACUGGUUACCAAGAAACUAAAAACGAAGAAGACGAGCAGGAGAAGACGCAAUCUUCUCAGCUCUCAUCUGAAGUGGAAAGCAAAAGCAAAGAAGAGUCCUCGUCCCAAGACGACAGUAAAGAGGAAGAACCCGAGGAAAAGAAGAAAGAAGACUCUUCAUCCCAAGAGGAGAGUAAAGAGGAAGAGCCACAUAACAAGGAGAAAGAAGAGCCUUCAGUCCAAGAGGAAAAGGAGAAAGGAGAGGCUUCUUCACAAGAGGAGAAUGAAAACAAAGAAAUUGAGAACAUUGAGAAAGUAGAGUCUUUGUCCCAAGAGGAGAAUGGGGGCAAAGAAACCGAGAAAGUAGAGUCUACUUCACAAGAGGAGAAUGAAAGCAAAGUAACCGAGAAGAGGGAGAAAGAAGAGUCCUCAGAAUCUCAGCAAACGGGAAACACCAACAGUGAGAAGAAAAUUGAACAGGUGGAGUCUACUGAUUCUUCAAACACACAGGAAAAGAGGGACGAACAAGAAACUGAUGGAAGCAAGAGUCAUUCUGGCAACGAGCAAAGCAAGUCAGCUUCUGGAGAUGUCAAGGAAACAGAGAAUGACACAUCAAAAACCGAGUCCAAUAAGGAGAAAAACAACAAAGUUGGUGAAACAGAGGAGUCCCAGAGCGAUCAAGAACAUACAAAGGAUGCUCGAACUGAUCUGAAAACUAAGCCCGAGUCUAACAAUGGAUUCACCAGCGACAAAGUCGUAGCUGAGUGAGUCCCUUGACCAAAGUCGUCCGUCAUGUACUGUACACAUACUCUAAACACUGUUUCAUGUAAUGGGCAACUAAAUCCCAAUUAGUAUUACUGAGUUUUGAGACCAAUCAAUAUAAUAUAAAAUAAAACAUCUCCAGUUCUGUCUCAAUAUCUUAUUAUGAUGAAGAAUCUCCAUAUUAUUGAAAUUGAAUCACAAGCAUUUGAUGAUAACAAAACAAAAGUACUAUUCUUAUUUCCCAACAAGAGUGGUGUAUCAAAUGACUGACAACGUUAAAACAAAGUUUGAUAAGCAUUCCGCCUUUCAAAAGAACAAAAAAAAAA